CGAACAUGACUUCAAUUCUUCAUGACUUGGGUAUCACAAGGCCUAGAACUCCUAAGAUACCACCUGCACUUCAGUUUGAUACUGGAACUCCCUUUCCUGUUGCUUGUUCAAGGCUAUACCCUGAUCGAGAUGUGGAUAUAUACGCUCUCACAAUCUUGCCUUUUGACAACGAAAGAAAGGCGGUUGUAAGUGCCGGAGACUCUGCUGCCCAUGUAGUAGACUUGUCAACGACACUUGUCACGGUCAGUCUUCCCGGGAGGGAAACCAUGGAGACAGCCUCACCGCGUGAGGAAGAUGCUUCGCCUUCACGUGGACUGUUUACUAGAGUAGUGAAAACUUCAAUCUCUAAACACGGCCCGGCAAGACGUUCUCUGCUGGAACAUAAAGGUGCAGUGCUUGCUGUGGACUGUGCUUUGCCCAAUAAAAAGCCAGAUGAACCAGUCAUACUAACUGGUUCAGUUGCAGAGUUGGGUAGGGUCUGGUUUCCCUCAACUUUGGAGCAGUUUGCAGUUUUACACGGUCAUCGAGCUCCUGUAUACGGUGUUGCCCUUUCUUACUCCGUGGAUAGAGCUAUCACGGCAUCAGGGGAUUCGACGCUAAGAGUAUGGCUACUUGAAGAUAUUUACAAGAGAGCCCUAGUCACAACCCCGAAAUCUAAUAAGCAAGGCAACAUGAAAAGGGCGCUGAGCUUUAGGAAGAACAAGGAUGACGGAACAGAAGAACAAACGGGUGGAGCGAGAACUCUUGCAAUUCUAAGGGGUCACAUAGGAGAAGUGUUUACUGUGGAAGUAUUAGACGACAGAAGUAGUGGAGGAGUACUAAGAGCCGUUAGUGGUGGGGAAGAUACAAUUGUUCAUAUUUGGGACUUGGAGACCAAGUCCAUAUUGCGAUCUCUGCAAGGACACGAGAAGAAGAUUCAUGCAGUUGCUGUUCCUCGGACAACGGAAAAGGAACUUUGUGGUCGAGUUAUUUUGUCCUCUUCAGGAGACAAGACUUGUCGCUUGUGGGAUAUACAAGCAACUAACCCCCUAACGGGUGUUCUAGGUAGUCAUGAUGAUGAAGUAUGGGGCUGUGCUAUUAGUUCGCAAGGACGCUAUGCACUUACUUGCACCGUUGGUGGAAGUGCUUACAUUUGGGACCUUCGACGUCAUUCAACUCCACUCUCAAGAUUUCAUUCGAGAGAACCUUUACGAUGUUGUGCUGCAUCGCCUUCCAACCGUACUUUUCAUACUGCAGAUACGAAAGGAAAUAUAUAUCACAUUUAUGUAGGAGGUCAAAGCCCGCAAUCGAUAGACAUAGAUAAUGCCAAGCCUCCUGGUAGUUUUGGUUACGAACUUCGUGCAAGAGCUUUGAGUGAAAGGGCUUCGUUGAGAAGUUCUCAAAGCGUAGGUCGCAAUAUGGCCUAUAUGGAAUAUCUUUAUGUAAGUGGUAAGAACAAUAGUAAGGAAAAAGAAACGGCUCAGAUAAAUAAGAAAUUGGGAAAUGGAAAAGACACAAGCGACAGUGACACUUGUAGGGAUGAUUCCUAUCGACCAAGUUCGAGUUCCACUAAAAGUGGGAGUACGGGAGAAAUUCAAGAGUUCCGGUCUAAUACAGUAGGAAAAGAACCAGAAAUAGACACCAAUUCAUCUCAAAGAAAAGAGACGGCGAUAGAACAAUCAAUAGGUUCUGAUUUGCAAGGAACUAACAACGAUGCUACUAAGACAUUGGAGAAGAGAACCUUGGAUCCUCCAGAAAAGAACUGUCAGAUUCUUUGAUCUUUAACACGAGCUGUGAAUUAUUUAUACAAGUAAUAGUUGUUUAAAUAUGCUAGAUAAAGUGUUUAGUCGUACAAUGUUACUUUUUUCAACAGCAAUUUGCAAUUGUGUUUGAUUAAAAUAUAAUUUUGUGGUAGAGCAAGUGACAAUGGUCUUUUUAUGGAAAGGGUUGCAGAUUGAUCCUUUAGGUUCUCAGCUUGUGAGAGCUCAACUUUCGAAGAAUAAACGCUUUUUUGUUCUA